GGCCAAACUGGCUCGCUAACUGGGCCUUUUUGAGUGCUCACAACAGCAAUUAGCAAAGCCCAAAUUAAACAGAGCCUGCCCCUUCAUCCCGUUCAAGUUGCAGCAGCACCGCCGCCCGCGCGUGACAGACGCCGCCGCAGCACAGAGAGAGAGAGACAAUGGGGAAGAAAACGAAGAAGCCAGGGAAAGGCAAAGAGAAAACUGAGAGGAAAACAGCCAAAGCCGAUGAAAAGAGAGCGAAAAGAGAAUCGAAGAAACUCUCUCCAGAAGACGACAUUGAUGCUAUCCUGUUGAGCAUACAGAAGGAGGAGGCUAAGAAAAAGGAAGUUACUGUGGAAGACAAUGUGCCUGCUCCUUCCCCGCGCUCUAAUUGUUCGUUGAAUAUUAAUCCGUUAAAGGAGACAGAACUGAUACUCUAUGGAGGCGAAUUUUAUAAUGGAAGCAAGACAUUUGUGUAUGGUGAUCUAUAUCGUUAUGAUGUGGAAAAGAAAGAGUGGAAAUUGGUCUCAAGCCCUAAUAGUCCGCCACCUCGCAGCGCACACCAAGCGGUUGCUUGGAAGAAUUACCUCUACAUUUUUGGUGGUGAAUUUACUUCACCCAAUCAAGAGCGAUUCCAUCAUUACAAGGACUUUUGGGUAUUGGACUUGAAAACAAAUCAAUGGGAACAAUUAAAUUAUAAAGGUUCUCCAAGUCCACGCUCUGGUCAUAGGAUGGUUUUAUACAAGCACAAGAUUAUAGUUUUUGGAGGAUUCUACGACACACUUAGAGAAGUGAGGUAUUACAAUGAUUUGCACGUCUUUGAUUUGGAUCAGUUUAAGUGGCAAGAAAUAAAGGGUACACCAGGAUGCAUGUGGCCAAGUGCUCGAAGUGGCUUCCAGCUGUUUGUUCAUCUAGAUGAGAUAUACUUAUAUGGAGGCUAUUCCAAGGAAAUUUCACCUGACAAGAGUGGCUCAGAAAAGGGGGUUGUUCAUUCGGAUAUGUGGUCCCUUGAUCCUAGGACUUGGGAAUGGAAUAAGGUGAAAAAGAGUGGAAUGCCACCUGGGCCCCGUGCUGGUUUCUCUAUGUGUAUCCAUAAAAAGAGAGCCAUACUGUUUGGAGGAGUUGUUGACAUGGACAUGGAAGGAGACGUGAUGAUGAGCUUGUUCUUGAAUGAACUUUAUGGCUUCCAAGUAGAUAGUCAUCGCUGGUAUCCAUUGGAGCUGAGGAAAGAAAAAUCUUCAAAGGAAAAGUUGAAAAGAACAGUCAAUGAGAAAUCUCAACAUAUGGACCUUGACAGUAAGCCAACUACCAUGCAUGGGGAACAUCCUGUUUCUGAUGAUGAAUACGAGGACUGUGCUUAUGAUGAAGAAGCUGUGGAAGGGAAUCUUGAUAAGAUCUCUUCAAAAAUGAAAAGAAAUGUGACUAUUGAUGAACAAAAGGUGGAACCUAGACCUGAGGAAAAGGCUCUAGCAUCUGUCUCCAAAUCAGCUGUGCAAGGCUCAAUUUCAUCGGAGGUUGUGAAACCUUGUGGGCGCAUAAAUUCAUGUGUAGCCGUAGCUAGAGAUACUUUGUAUGUCUAUGGGGGCAUGAUGGAAGUCAGGGAUCGAGAAGUUACACUUGAUGAUUUAUAUACACUUAACCUGAGCAAACUUGAUGAGUGGAAGUGCAUCAUACCGGCUUCUGAGCCAGAGUGGGUCGAAGCAUCUGAUGAUGAAGACGAUGAAGAUGGAGAUGAAGAUGACAAUGACGAAGAAGGGGAGAGUGGAGACGAUAGUGCUGAUGACUCUGGUGAAGAUUACAGUGCAGAGGCUGGUACUGAUGGUUCAAUAUCAAUCAACAUGGGAGAUGCUGUUGCUCUAAUGAAAGGUGAAGGAAAAAGUCUUAGAAGGAAGGAGAAACGGGCCAGAAUUGAACAAAUUAGGGCGCAUCUUGGUCUCUCUGAUGCUCAGAGAACACCAGCGGCUGGAGAGUCAUUGCGAGACUUCUACAAACGCACGAACACUUACUGGCAAAUGGCAGCAUAUGAACACACACAACACACCGGAAAGGACACAUAUACCCCUGAGCUGUUUUUGGGCACUAAAAUGCAGGAGCUGCGCAAGGAUGGAUUCGAUCUUGCUGAAUCUCGGUACAAGGAGCUCAAGCCAAUUCUCGACGAGCUGGCCAUCCUUGAAGCAGAGCAGAAGGCGGAAGAACAAGGUCCUGAAACCAGCAGUUCUAAAAAGAGAGGUGGAAACAAGAAAAACAAACAUAUGGGAUCGUAGACUCAGACCAUCACCAGAUCACAAGUCACAGAUGAUGCAGCCCCUCCAGGAAACUGAUCGAUCUACUGGGAUUUUCUGCAUGCUGCCCCACAUACAUGACUGGGGCCCGCGAGCCUACAUUCGCGGAAAUGGAUUGCUAAUAACUUUUUAUACCUGAGGAUUGGAGGCAUCAUGGGCAGUGCUGGCAUGGAAAGUGAUCUCUUCAGACUGAUAUGUAGGGGAGAACUUGUCUGGAAUCAGGGGACAAAUUUUAAUGUUUGAUUGUAUUGACUUGAUUUUUUGGGAUGUUAAUUUAAGAAAAGAUAAAGUUCAUU